UAUCAUUGUCUCUGUAUCUAUUUUAAGCUGCUGCUGACAUGGAGAUCCCCUACUCUCUCUUCCUGCCUCAGAUCUCCCUCCCCACACACGACGACUCAAUCAGAAUCAAGAUCGCUCCACACCAUGGGGACCGUGUUGCCCCAACACCAAGGCAACGCCGUCGGGGACAACGCUAUGCCCGACCUGGAGAUCGGUCAACCCACCAUGGAGAUCGAUCAAUCCACCAUAAUCAACAUACUGCACUCCAUGCUACCCUCUGCCUCGCCACCGGCGGUAGCACAACUGGGGCGCGCGCUGUGGGGGCUGGGCUCCCUCACCCUUGUCCUGGCCCUCACCACCGUGCUCCACCUGCCGGCCGCCGGACCUGUCUUCGCCCACUACAAGGCAGCAUACUAUGCCAUCCUUGCCUUUGUUCUCUUUGUCGCAGUGCCGGUGGAGCUGGCCACUGCCUUCUGCCUGCCCGGCCACGGCCGUGAUGGCCGCCUCCGCGUCUUCGCCUGGGAUAGCCGAUUGGUCUGGUCAAUCAACGAUUCAUUUGUAUUCUGUCCAGAAAUUUUGGUGCCGUCAGUGGUUAUCUGCUUGGUUAUUUAUGGGAAUGCUGUUCUUGGAAGUUAGUCUUGUAGCAUUUCUACUUCAAGGAAAUGAAGCCAGCGGUUAUGAUGUCCUUGGCAUUAAUUUGUUACAUCUGCAGCUCAAGAAUCCGUUUUGGGCUACUCCAAGGAAAAAUAAUGGUCACUGAGGAUGACUUGUAAGGAGGAAUAAAUUUGUUGGUUCGACAAACCACUGAAUGGUACCCAAGCCUAAUUGCAGGGGUCACCUUUUGUCACUAAGCACCACAUGCUACAUGCUAAGUGAACUGCAUUCCUCUAUCAAGUUACAGGGUAUGCGUGCGCUUUACAUUUUGUUGCACUGCUGAUACUUCAUCAAGAAAAAUGUAAAUCCACUGAGUGCUAAACUGCGGAAGAAAAAGUGUUCUCAGUCUGCGGCAUAAGGAUGUCAAGGAUUUUUUUGUGGUAAUUGUAGACUUGUAGUGACAUUGUAUGAUUUAUUCUGAAUGUGUUAUAUUAUACAAGAGUAAGUAUGUUGGACACCUGCUGCCAGUUGUUCCUAAAGUUAGAACAGUGGCACCCUGUUGUUACGUCUGAUGAUACAUUCUGAAUUGUCAUUUUUUUUUAUCGAGAAUGAUUCUGAAUUGGCAUUAGCAGUUGUCCUCUAAUUACACAAACGCUAUAUUCUAAUUUGCCGGUGUCC